UAUCCAUCCUACCCAUCAUUAACCCCAUCAGAGCCAACUCCACAAGCUGAAAACCAGAAGAGGCUUCUCUUUUUCUUAGCAGAAAACGGAGUAUACGAAGUCAUGGCUCAGUCCAUGUUAAUCUCUAGCUUCAGCGGCCAUCUUGUCGACUGCAACAGAGAGCCAUUGCUUAGAUCUCAAAUCCGCCGACUUCGCCCUUCUCCUCUCUCCCUUCUCUUCCUUACUCGUCCUUCUCCCCUGCAAUCUACUUCACCUUCUUCUUAUGCUCCUACUCUUGCUGUCUUCAAGUCCAAGACUAAGGCUCCUGCUAGAAAGGUAGAGAAGGAUAGACCAAAGGUAGAAGAUGGCAUCUUUGGCACAUCAGGUGGUAUUGGUUUUACCAAGCAAAAUGAGCUUUUUGUUGGCCGAGUUGCUAUGCUUGGUUUUGCGGCGUCUCUUAUUGGAGAAGGAAUCACUGGCAAGGGAAUACUGGCACAGCUAAACUUAGAGACCGGAGUACCCAUCUAUGAAGCCGAGCCACUCCUACUUUUCUUCAUUCUCUUCACACUUCUUGGAGCUAUAGGAGCUCUUGGUGACCGUGGGCGCUUUGUCGAUGAUCCUCCCACUGGGCUUGACAAAGCUGUCAUUGCUCCAGGAAAGGGCCUUCGUUCUGCUUCCUGGAAUCGGCCUGGCCGAUAA